CCUAAUAUCGACCCCAAAAAGUGUUUGUCAUUUUCACAUCCAGAGAUUCAGGUUGAGAGAUCCAGAGAAAGAGUUUUCAUUUGAAAUUUGAUUAAAAAAACGUAAAAUAUGUUUCUUACUCGUUCUGAAUAUGACCGUGGAGUAAAUACGUUUUCUCCAGAAGGACGUCUGUUUCAAGUUGAGUAUGCAAUCGAAGCCAUUAAAUUGGGAUCAACUGCGAUUGGUAUAUGCACUUCUGAAGGCGUUGUGCUAGCGGUGGAGAAGAGAAUUACAUCCUCCUUAAUGGUUCCACAUACAGUUGAGAAAAUAGUGGAAGUUGAUAGACAUAUUGGCUGUGCCACAUCCGGUUUAAUGGCAGAUGCUCGCACACUGAUUGAAAGAGCAAGAGUGGAGUGCCAAAAUCAUUGGUUUGUCUAUAAUGAACGGAUGUCAAUUGAAUCUUGUGCACAGGCUGUGUCUGCAUUAGCCAUUCAAUUUGGCGACAGUGGUGAUGGUGGCUCGGCAAUGAGCAGGCCUUUUGGUGUAGCCAUAUUGUUUGCUGGCGUUGAAGAAGGUAAACCGCAAUUGUGGCAUAUGGACCCAUCUGGAACUUACAUUCGCUAUGGUGCUAAAGCUAUUGGAUCGGGUAGCGAGGGAGCACAACAAAACCUACAAGAUAAUUUUACGCCUGAAAUGUCUUUAAAAGACGCAAUUAUCUUAGCACUUAACACAUUGAAACAAGUGAUGGAAGAGAAAAUCAAUUCAACCAAUGUGGAAGUAAUGACAAUGACUCCCGACAAAUUGUUCCGCAUGCAUACAAAAGAAGAAGUUGAACUUAUUAUUUCUGAUUUAGCAUAAACAGUUUUUUUAUACUUAAUAUACAUACAUUUUCAAAAUGUUGAAUAGAAA